AUGUACAGGCCCGUACCCCUUAGCUCCCAUCUCAGUGCCCCUCCUGAUUGCAUGGAUCGAUUCAGUCCAGAUGUGUUGGUCAAUCACUGCCCUUGCUCUCCUCGCUCUCCUCGUUCUCCAUUCCCUCCUCAUUCUUCACGCUUCUCUUUUUCUCCCUGUCUUUCUCCCAUUCGCGCUUCCUCCCCUGACUUACCCCACUCCCCUCAUCCAUUGUACCCCACUGCUACAAAUUCUGCUCUCUGUGGCCAUGGUGAAUACUGCCCAUGGAUGAUGGAGCUCCUGAGAGGUGGUCUCAGCUCGAUGGGUUCCGUAGUAGAGCUCUGCCAGGGGGCUGUCCUACACACCGGGGAACUGCUGGCAGCUGAGUGUUGCUGCCUCUCUUUGGUAAAGAAGGACUGUGGUGGAAGCAACAGCUUGGAGGAGGUGGUUGCCCCAACAGCAUUGGGGUGCUUGAGUGAAGGCAUCCUCUACAGCGAUGCACACCUGGAAUUGCUGAAGAGCAUCAUGGGAUGUGCAGUGGCCACAGGAUCACCAAUGAACCUGAGAGACGUGUCAGGGGACCCCAGAUUUGGCUUAGAUGACAAUCAAUCAUCAAAGAUCAGGACUGUUUUGAUUGUUCCCAUCAAGAACCACAGGGGAGAGGUGGUCGGUGUAGCAGUAAUGAUCAACAAGAGAAAUUGCUGCAAUGGAUCGGUUUCUGUUUUUACCAAUAUGGAUGAAAAGGUGCUGUCAAAUCAUAUGGAUGUAUUGGGGCUGGUCCUGGAUAAUGUCCAGCUGUAUGAAAGUUCAAGACAGGAGGCCAAGCGCAGUCAGGCCUUGAUAGAGAUGGCCCAGGUUUUGUCGAAGAAGCACUGUUCCUUUGAUGUUCUGCUGAGUAAGAUGGCUGCCACAAUCAUGCCCUUCACACAUGCUCAGUACUGCACCAUCUUCAUCCCCGGGAAGCAAACCUUGGAUGAAAAUGACCAGAUUUCAUUCUCCAAUGUGAUCCACCUGGAGUGUGAGGAGCUCGGAUCAACCUGCCAGAUCUACAGAAGGGAGCGUGACGUCAGCAAUAUAGACCAAUCCCAUGCCCUUAAAACUCUGGUGGCUAUGGAAACGUUAAAAACGUCACAGAUUUCUGAGGAAACAAUAACGAGCCUGAUCUGCUGCCCUGUCAGAAAUGAGAGGUCUACAAAUGUUAUUGCGGUGUGCCAGCUGAUGAAGAAAUGGAGCAUAGACUCAGAUGACAUGGAAGCUUUUAACAGAUAUGAUGAGCGCUUACUAGAGGACAUGGCGCUGUACUGCGGUCUGGCUCUGCAGUAUGUUAAGGCUGUGCUGAUCACUGAGGAGCGCAGGGCCAGUAUAGAGGUCACACAGGAGGUUCUUGCCUACCACAUCACUGCAGCAGAGCAAGAAAUCCAAGCAUUGCAGGAGGCCUCCAUUCCUUCUGUUGAAUCACUGCAUAUGCUAGACUUCCAUUUCUCAGAGUUUGGUCUGCCAGAAGAAAGGAGCACUCAGGCCACCAUUCGAAUGUUCCUGGACCUUAAUUUGGUGCAGGAUUUUAACAUUGAUUACAAGACUCUCUGUCAGUGGGUGCUUUCAGUGAGACGUGGUUACAGGAACAGUGUGCCUUAUCACAACUGGAGCCAUGCACUGAGCACUGCUCAAAGCAUGUUUGCUAUACUCAUGGCAACAGACCAACUAAAGACUAUUUUUUCCCGUCUGGAGAUUUUAGCACUGAUGAUUGCCACUCUGAAUCAUGAUAUUGACCACAGAGGAGUCAAUAACUCGUACAUUGAAAGGACGCAACAGCCUUUAGCUCAGCUAUACGGACACUCUACUCUGGAAAACCAUCACUACAACCUGUGCAUCUUCAUCCUAGACAACACUGGGAGUCAGAUCCUCAGCAGCCUCUCUGCAGAAGACCACAGAGCUGUACUACACAUGCUCAAAAGGGCAAUCCUUGCAACUGACCUGAACGUCUACAUGGAGAGAAGAACAGAGUUCUUCAACCUCGCCAAGAAAAGCAGAGUGAACUGGAAGAGCGAGAAAAAAAAAGACUUACUGAGGUCGAUGCUGAUGACAGCUAGUGACCUCUCUGCUAUUACAAAGCCUUGGCCUGAACAAAAGAGGAUUGCCAACCUGGUUACCAUGGAGUUCUUUGCACAAGGGGACAAAGAGAAACAAGAGUUUAAAAUCAAACCCAUUGACAUUAUGAACAGGGAAAACAGCCCUCGACUGCCAUACAUGCAAGUUGAAUACAUUGAUGACAUCUGCUAUCCACUAUACAAGGCUGUAUCAAGGCUGUUUGACACCUGCUCCCCACUGCUGGCUGGUUGUAAGAAGAACAGAGCAAACUGGAUGCAUCUGGCUAUGGAAGCACAGGAUGAAAACUGUGAAAACACUAGUUGUGUAACCCUGAAAACACAGCUAGAGGAAUAG